CGAUUUUGGUAUGAAUUAAACUUCAAUAUUUACACACGUGUUCAUCACCAUUCGUUUUGACGACAAUUGGAAUAGCGCGCGCCUUGAUCAUUGUCCGAUGAGCUUACAAAUUCCAACAGCGGAACAUGUUCGGUCACAUUUUGUCAUUUUUUUCCACGAUUUUACCUUUGAUUGUGAUACUGCUUGUUGAGAGAAAUUUCGUACAAAGUGUCCCCAAUCCCAUAAAAAAUGGUCAAAUCUAUGAAGGAAGCUUCCCGAAUGGAGGUCCAUUUCCUUUCGCUGCAUCCCUGCAAAGGAUUCCGCUGACGAAGCAGAACAACUCGACAAAAGCUACGCAUUUUUGCGGGGGAACCUACAUAGGUUUGGGUUGGAUUGUGACCGCCAACCAUUGUGUUACGGAUUUUGAAUCUCAUUUGAUAUAUGCGAUUUUAGGCGGAUCGUCUUUGGACAGCAACGAUGCCCACGUGUUUCCUAUUUUGGAAAAAAUAAGUUAUCCUAGCUAUGAUGGAACUACUCUUGUUGGAGACAUUGCCAUGUUACGCAUCAAUAUAUCUGAGAUACCGCCAAAACUUUCCAACCCACGGAGUUCAGUUGGUUUACCAAAUAUUUUUCCUGUAAGAAACGACCAAAGCUCGGUUGACUCUUAUGAAGAUAAUAACUACUACGAUUACGACUAUUGGUUCAGCGAUAAAACGUUACAAACUGAAUCAGAACGAGAUGAGGAGUGUCAAAUUUUUGGUUACGGUGCGGAUCGCUACAACGGACCGACGAGUAAAAUUCUACGGUUUGGUCAGGUUCAACCGAUUGACCAUGAAACGUGUUCGCAGCUAUUGGGACUGGUCGUGGCUCCACCCUCGGAUACGUCAAGCUCUGGGAUGUUCUGUGCCAUGGGGAUCGCUGAUGCCUGCCAGGGUGACUCCGGGAGUGGUUUGGUAUGUCGCCCUAGACCUCGGCCCAUUUUUGAUGAGUUUCAUCCUUCCACCCUUGGCCGGUUCAUCCUACGGGGCGUCAUUUCUUACGGCGCAGCUUGUGGGACACCGGCAUCGCCCGGGGUCUACACCGAUGUCAGAUUCUACAUGCCCUGGAUACGUGACAUUAUGAAUAAGAACUAGGGGACAUUUGUUUCGAUUGUUUUUUUUUUAUUCUGGUUUGACAGUAAUAUAUUCGAAUUUUCAUACAGCAAGUAUAAAUUGUCUAAUCAUAAUCUUAGCACUUACAACACUCAUACACACUCACAAAACUCGCGGGCACACCUAGUCUAAUUUCUUAUCGAAUGCUUUACUGUUUCAUGGGUUCGGCACUCUCGUCACCCUCGGAUCGCACUUCCUGUUUCGCGUGAUCUUUGAGCUCGGCAUCCUUCGUCUCCGGAUGAAGUAGCGUGAGCAGGCCAGCUGCUAGCACCGAAACACCACAUAUCGUAGUCGGAAUCCACCAACCGAGCUGCCCUAAAAGGUCCACGAUAUAGGGAGCGGCCAUCGAACCCACGUGGGCCAUCGUCGAGCAGAUCCCGAGGGCGGUGUUGCGAAUUUCCGUUGGAAACAGUUCCGCCGUAUGGAGGGUGACCACGGCAUAGACGGCCGUAAUUCCCAACCGCCCGAGCAUGGCCAGGGAUACGACGGCCGUGGUGCUUUCCCGUGGAACCGCCAAAACGACAAGCAAACAAACGCCGGCAUACAGGAAGAAACAAAACGAGGUGCUCUUCCGGCCAAAGUAAGCCAACACUAUCAUCGAGAUGAUGUAGGCUAGGAUGUCGACGGAACCGGUGGUGGCCACGUAUACGUUCCGGUUGGCCGCAAAGUUGUCGGCAUUCAAAGCUGCAAAUAAAGAAG